AUGAACGACCGUCUCCGCUUCGGUAGCGUUGCUCCUGGCAUUUUCCCUCCCGAUCAGAUAUGGGACCCUGUAGACCUGUCGUCUCUCGAUGCCAUCACCGACUUUGACGACGAAUCCUUUCGCCAACCAAGCCACCCUUCUUCAACAGAUGCCGAGCACACAACUGUCCCGCCAUCAAAAAUGAGACGAAGAGCCCAGAACCGCGCCUCGCAACGUGCCUUUCGCGAACGCAAAGAACGCCACGUCAAGGGUCUGGAAACACAACUCGAACUGCUCAACGAGAAACACCAGGAUCUUCUGUGCAGCUAUAACAAGCAAUCUGACAUUAUGAUGAAGCUGAACGGAAAGAUUGAGCAAUUGACGGCAGAUUUAAAAGCACUGAAAGCGCCAGCCGCGACAGCAACGACGAUGCCGCCGCCGCCGCCGCCGCUUGCAGACGCUCAGUAUCUCGGGGGCGGAGGGCCGGAAAGGCAACGAGAGAGGCUGCAUGCCGGUAGGAGCGGACGCCUGAGCGGACCAGAGAAGUUCGAUGCGUUUUCGUUCACGAGUCAGCCCUCAAUACCCUCAGUGCUGUAUGAUGGCUAUCAUUUAGGAUCGGACGGCAGGAUUGUCAACACGGCGGACGCGCCAAAUCUAGCCAUUGGUGGCACGGUAGUCAGGACUAUGCAGUUACCGGAUUUCGAGGAUCUGUUGCGGACGCCCUGA